AUGGAGCCAGAACCACCUAAAGCGGGAGGGAGCGAGGAUUCGGCGCCUACCGAUGUCAUCUGCAAGCACUUAGAUGAGAAGAGUCGUUCGUUGUUCAUACAGUUUCUGCAAACAUUGGAGGCAGAAGACAAGCAGGGGAAAGGGAAGCUUGAAAAGGCUGUGGUUCUUGAGAACCUCGGCACUCUGAAAGAAUUGAAUGUCUCCCCAGAAAACACAAAACUGGCGACAGACGUGUCCUACACUCUUGGCAAGAAUGACAGCUUGAACUAUCGGCUCUUCGUGUCGAAACUCUCGGAGCUCGUGUUCCAAGACUUGGAAUCCAGCAACAUUGCGAGGGCCAAGACAGAGCUGAGGAGCAUGAGAAAUACUAUCCUGGCCUCUACUGAAGGGAACUCGAGCAGUGAGAUGAUCACGGCGGCAACGUUGAGGACGAUCCUCUCCUCGGACCCCAUAAAGUUGGACCAGCCUCUGGUGGAUUCCGUUCUUCGCCAUUGUAACUUGCAGCAAGACACCGAUGCUAUCUACCUCCUCUACUUUUUGAGGAUCUUCUGCCCGCUCCUCGAUCAAAGUCUGUUUGCAAAGAUCAACGCGAAGCUGGUCGAGAAGUAUCAAUCUCUGUCGACUGCGUUCUCCUCUCUGUCGAAGCAGAAGGGCAAGAUCACAUUGAAUCAGCUGAAGACAUUGCUCUUCGACCUUGAUCUCGGGUUGAAGGAUUCGGAGAUAUCGGAGCUUAUCAGCCUUGCAGACUCAGAUGGGAGCGGCGGGAUUGAGCUGGACGAGUUCAAUGUGAUCUUUGGGUUGAGCGAGAAGCAAGCAAAGCAGCGACAGGAGAACUUCGACAAGCUGACCAGGAGCAUGACCCAGUCCAUGAGGAGCGCGAACCAGAAGGUGAACGAGAAGUUUGCGGCUUACUUGAAGGAGAAUCAAGAGAGCGUUCAGCAAGCUCUUCGCGCCAAGGACGAAGAGCAGACAGGGCGGCUGAAAGUCCAAGACUUCAGAGAUGUUGUCCUGGAACUACCUGGAAGGCCCGUGCAAGCCUUUGAAGUAGAUAAGAUCAUCGCCUUUGUAAGUUCCUACUUGAUUCAUGCCCUUCCCCUUCGCUGUCCCCUCGCUCCUGCCCCUGCUCCUCUUUCUUGUUAUCAGUUUCUCAAGUUAUCAAACAAGGCAAACGAAAACGACAAGGAACAGAUCAACUAUGACCUGCUGGUCCAUUGGUUCUUGUCGUCUCUUUCUCAAGCGACUUCUGUAGCGGAAGCUCAGAAUGAGAUUGUGGCGAGCCUGAAGCUGCGCCUGACGGUCAUGCAACUCUCAAGAUCUCUCAACUCGAUCAGGCUGUGCCUUUCAGGAACGAUCCUAGCGAAGUUGAUCAAGAUGGCGGAUUCCGAUGGUGAUGGAUGGGUGAACUAUGCUGAUUUCUUGAACCUGCUGGGAGAAGAAGGAUCGACGAUGAGAUCGGCUGUCAACGAGCCCAGCUCGCCGUCAAGUUUGACUACCCAGCCGGAGGCGGAGAUCAAAGAUAUGAGGUUGAGAGAAGAAUCGGGAGAGUUGAAGACUGUCGAAUGGAGCGACGCGCUGGAGCAAGAGAUCAGAAUGGUAUUGAAAGGGAAGUUUGACACCAUGAACAACGCUUUCCGGACGUUUGACAAGGACAACGACGGGAAAGUGUCGAGAGAGGAGAUGCGAGAAGGGCUCUCGAAGCUGAACUUGGGCCUCAACAAGGCGCAGAUAAACGCCAUGAUAAAGAGGGCUGAUGCGGACGGCAGCGGAGAGAUCGACUACAAUGAAUUCAGGCACAUCUUUGAGGUCGGCAAGGUAGCGGAUGCGAAGAGAGACGAGGCGAGGAAGGAGGCGGAGAAGAAGGAGGAGAAGGAGAAGGAGAAGGUACGCCCGCCUCGUCGCGGUGAACUUCCAGCGGCUAAACAGAUUCCGGACGAGGAGCUCCCUCCCGUCUCCGAGGAGGCCGAGAGGUUCUUGUGGUCCUCGUUGCAGGUGAUUGUUGUUCUGGCCGUGGCUGCUGCUGCUGCUGCUGCUGAUGAUGAUGAUGAUGAUGAUUAUAACAGAUUCGACACCAUACUUGGAGCAUUCUAUUUCCUCAAGGGAAGGAAGGACGGCAAGCACGCGGACGUCAUCUCAGAGACGGAAUUCGUUUCUGGGCUUUUCAGGCUUGAAUUGACUGAGAGGAUCAAAGACACGGAGCAGGAGGAGGAGAUCAACGAGAUCUUUCAGCUUGCGGAUGUCCUCACAAGAGCGCAGAAGAAAGAAAUCCUAAUGCAGAGCAGGAACUACACGGAGGAAGCAGCCAGAAAAUUCCUCCUCAAGUUCGCUCCUGACGACCAGCGCAUCCUCGAUGCCCCUCAACGAACGAGCAGCCAGAGCGCAGUGAAGGAGAGCUUCUUCCGAAACCAUCAGGCAAUCGCCAUGUUCCGGGCGUACAACGAGAGCAAGAGCGGGUGGCUGACGCAGGGAGAAUUCGUGAACGCACAAUCGAGAUGGAAGACCGACCCCUUUGCCUCCCUCAAGCCCCAGCAGCAGCCCAGCAGGACGGCAGACAACCUCUUCAUGGACCUUCACUCCAGCUCGGCAGCGUCGCGGGAGCACGCGAGGAAGGAAGAGAUCGCCAUGCUCAACAACAAGCUCGCCACCAUCCGCUCCCUCGAGGAGAAGCUCCGCAUGCGGCAGAAGGAGGUGGAGCUCAAGGGGUCGAACCUGGAGCUGCACGAGGCGUCGCUGGCGAAGAGGGAGGCGGCGCUGCUGGAGAGGGAGAGGAGGCUGGAGGAGGCGACAGAUCAGCUGCGGGCCCAGCACGUGGAGGUUGAGAGCAUGAAGCAGGAGCUGGCAAAACAGAUGAAAGAGGUGGACUAA